UUCCUAAGCUCAGCCGAAAUCUUCUCUUUCAGUCUGUCUCAUCCCUCUGGUUCUGCUUAAGUGUUAUAAGUCAGUAAAUCUGAGCAAGGCCGAUCUAAUCCCUUAAGAGUGUAAUAUAAGGUGUCAAGGAGUCUGGGAUUAGCGCGUGCGUGUGUUUCUGUCUGUGUUCAGAACCACAGCUUUAGCUUCUUCAGGGAUUGCUCAGCCUUGUGUUUCUGCUGCUUGUAAUUCAUUGCAACUGGAGGUUUUAAGUCUAGAAGAGUGAUGUCCAGAAAACAGAAGUGGAAGGAAAAUCUGAUUGUUUACCCUAAAGCUGUUAAGUCAAAUCAAAAGAAGAAGGGGAAGGAUCCAGCUCAACUAACACAACAGACAGCAGAAAGCCAAGCCUCCGGCAGUAGCAGCAGCAUCAGUAGCAGUAGUAGCAGUGGCGGCUCUAAGAAAAGUUCUUCUGGAAGUAGUUUCACCAGCAGCAUUAAUAGACAAGGCAGUAAUAAUAGUGGUGGUAAAGCAUCCACCGACAAUGCUGGAACUAGUACUAGCAGUGCCACUAAAGAUCAUGGCAAAAGUGGUAAAGGGGUCAGCAAAAUAGACAGUAGAAGUAGUGAGGUGGGUGCGGUGGAGGAGGUACCGUUGAUUUCUUCUGAGAAGGAGAAGGAGGAGCCAUUAAAUGGUGGAGCUGAGGAUUCCUCCAGUACAGGUAACGCUUCAUCACUGUACACCACUGCUGGAUCCUGUGACUCUCCAUCACUCCAUCUGUCCACUGGCUGCUCCAACACUGACGGUACUUUGGAGCAUUUGGCUGCUGAAAGCAGCUAUUCCUGUUUGGAGAAGACAGACCCUCAAGUCGUGGACGCACGAGCACACACUGAUUCCAGGAGAUCUCAGGACUGUGAUCAGCAGGAGGGAUCAUUUCCGGACGUCGAGCUUCCACCUUCAACCUUCCCUUCCUCCUCCUCUGCUCAAAACGACCACGAGGAAAAUGUCAGUACAUCUCAGGACUCUAAAGAUGCAAUCCCUGAUCACCCACGACCCUUCACGUCAUGCAGCAUCCGCUCUAAAUCACUGGAUCGCCGACAGCAUGAUCCCCCACCCACUCCCGAUCUCCUCAAUUUCAAAAAGGGAUGGAUGUCUAGACUGGGAGAAGAUGGAAAGUGGAGGAAGCACUGGUUUGUUUUAACUGACCAGAUUUUGCGAUUCUACCGUGACCCUGUAGCAGAAGAGGCAGCUGAUUUGGAUGGUGAGAUCAACUUGUCUACUUGUUACGACGUUACGGAUUACCCCGUACAAAGGAAUUAUGGCUUUCAGAUUCAUACAAAAGAUGGGGUCUUCACUCUUUGUGCGAUGACUUACGGAAUACGACGUAACUGGGUCCAGGCAAUAAUUAAAAAUAUCCGGCCCUCCAUUACACCUGAUGUCACAUGGAAAAAUCCUGCUACAAAACCCAGUUAUAUUCCUCAGAAGGUGCCAAUGACUGGUGCACAUGCUCGUACAGGCUCGUCCCAAUACAACACGAUUCCCCAGGAGGAGGAGCAAAGAAGUCGAGUCCGAGAGCGCCGUAGAGAGGGACGCUACAAAACCUUUGAUUGGGCUGAAUUGGGAUAUAAACGGCACAAGGAAGAGUUCUUAAAUGAACUGUCAGGAAGGCAGUGGAAUCAUAAAAGUCAAUGUUCGGUGCCUCCUGCACCUGCGUCAUCUCCUGAAGAGCCAAUCAUACGUUCUGCCUUGGAGAAUGAAUAUCCGCAGAAGAUGAGGCUUUUUCAGGGGCGAAGCUUGAACAUUAUGGCCACUGAUUUAUCGUCCCACUCAUUAAAUAUGGCCGUAUCUAGUCGGACUUCUCCAGAAUCAAUCAGCCCAGACAGUUUAGAAGUUGAUUCAGGCACAAUCCAUCUCCUUUGUGACAAAUCUGUUAAACUACUGGAAGCAAAGGCCAAAGAAAAAAAGCAGGUUGAUCGCUCAACCUCUCCGUUCCCAGUCACCUUCUCUUCAAUCGCAGCACAGACAGAAUGGCAGUGGGAUGUGGAGCUCCAGAGUCUGCGUAGAGAGAUGAAGGCUGAGCACGAGAGGAAUCAGACCCACGAAAAAGAGUUAAAACUAAGUGAAGCCAGACUUCAAGCUGAGCUUAACGAUAGUCAAGGAUGUCUUCAGAGGGCAGAGUUAAGAAUUAAAGAGACAGAAACCUAUCUGAAGGAGCGCGAGGAGGUCACGGAGAGUCUAAAUGCACGACUGGAAGAGGUAACAGCUCGUCUGAAAGCAACGGAAGAGGCGCAAGCUUUGAAGGAGGUCCGUCUGCAAAGACAUUUACGCCUCUUGCAAGAAAGCCAAGAACGAGAGAGGAGAAGCUUCAGUGAUAGUCUUGACCAAUCUGAACAACGGGCAAAGGAACUAGAGGAACGUCUGCGACAAAAAGAGGCUGAGAUUCAGAAGAAACCAACAGGAGCAGCUACUGAUGAUCUUCUUCGAAAGUGCCAGGAGCUACAAAACCAGCUGGAUGAGUCGGACAGUGAAGUCUGUCGUCUACAGGCACGCCUCCAAACUGAGGAGACCCUUUAUUAUGACCUGGAGCAUGAUUAUGAAAGAGCUUGUGAGGAGAUACAGAGUGUGCGAGGUGCUCUGCUGGAUUGCGAAAGGAUAAAUGAGGAGCGCUUCCAAACCCAGCUGCUGCAGCAACAGCAAGAGCUAGAUAAGAAGGAGCGGGAACUUCAGGAAGUGCUUGUUAAGUUGGCCGUACUAGGUAGCAGUUUAGAGGAGACGGAGCUAAGGCUCAAACAAGCUCAAAUGCAUUAUUCUGAAGCUAAUGAUAUGUUGAUGGAGCCAUGCAGACAGAAAGGGAAAAGAGAUCUGGACCAUCACACUGCUACACAGGAAGGAGAGUCGCACAGAGUGAUCUCUGUUAUCCAGGCAUUAGAGCGCAAGUUGUGUGACACUGAAGAGCGACUCCAGGAGCUUAAUGUGCAUCUUCAACAACAGCAACAGAUCAGCAGUGGUCCACAUGCACUUAAUGAUUCUCGGUACUCCCACAGUUCCCUCCAGAAUCCAGAAUUCUCUGUAGAUGCCCUGCCAAGUUUUACUGGAUCUUUGCAUAGACCUCAGGAAACUACUUCAGACAGAAUUUCAGACAAGGUUAAGUUCUCGCUUCAUGAUGAUGGAAGUCCAGGGAACAGUCUGCACAUGGCCAGCAGAGUGUUGUCAACGGAGGCACUAGUUGUCCGAAGGAUUGCGUCUGCACUUGAGCACCCCAGCACAAAUCUCCUUAGCAGAUUGUCUGAUGUGCAUGUCCAAGUGCUGAAGAUGACUCAAGGAGGCAGUAAUAAUGGGACUGUGCAAGCAAGUUUCUCUCGGUACUUGGUUGACUCUCUUGAGCAAGAUCUCCAAGACAAUACACUGAGUGAAAGUACAAUCCAUAGCCUAUGUGUGAGAGCAGAGAUGGCCUACCUCCUACAUACCCUUCACACUCAUUACUUAAAGGAGCAACAGCCUUGGCCAGUGACUGAAAGUUUCUCGCCUGGAACCAAAAUUGCAAACGGUUCCAAGCAGGAACUUGCUGAUAUUUUCCCGCCAGAACUUGCACAUUACAGCGAACUGAUGGAGGACGAACUAGCGACUGAUCUUCUCCUUGUGGACUCUGAAGGACAGCUCGCUUGCAGAAAGAGUCUGGUGGCAGAGCUCCGUGCUCAGGCACAGUCUCUGCAGAACCUCUCAUCACAGCUGCAGUCUGAUAUUAGAGAGGACGACCUAUUUUGUGAACUUCCUACAGCCAUACUGAGGGCUGCAAUGUAUCAGGUUACUUUGGCAUAUAUGGCAUGUCGUCUGCGUUUGACCCUGCAGCAGGAGAUGAGCACCCUACGCAAACAAAGAGAGCAGGCUGAGUGCGAGUGUCGUGCCAUGUGUCGUAGCAUGGAGACUCUUUUCCAGGAGCAGAAAGAGCGCUAUGAAGAAAAACUGCGUGAGGAGCGUGUUGUUAUUGAAAAAGCGAAGCAGGAACGUGUUUCAGCAGAAAACAAUGCUCAGUUGAGAACAGAGGAAGCGGAAAAGCUGCAGGUGGAGUUUGAGGAGAAGCUCCAGGAGCUCCAGAAAAUCCAUGAGGAGGAGAUGGUUCGCCUCCAUGAAUACUACAUUAUGAAUUCUUCAAAUAUAAAAGCUGCAACUCCCUCAGAACUUGAGACAGGAGAAGAAACUGCGACUGCUCUUCAGGGCCGGAUCAGGGAGCUUGAAACUGAGGUCACUUGUUUGAGAGGGGAAGUCAACAAAAAGGAUGUCAAGAACUAUCAGCUUGACCUGGAAACCAUUAAGGCCACAUAUGAGAAUGGUUUUAGCAUUAUGGAGGAGAGUCACCAGCGAGUAAUUGAGGAGAUGCAGAGGCAGCAUCAGAGAGAGGUGGAAAGACUGACAGAGGAGAGAGAAAGAGUGCUGCAGGAGGAGACAAAUGCCACUAUUGCAGCCAUAGAGGCCAUGAGGAAAGCUUAUAAAGAGGAAUUGGACAAGACCCAAAAGGCACUUCAAAAUGGUUCCAGUGUAGACAUCCGCCAGCUUCGUACACAGUACAAUGAGGAUCUAGAAACGUUGCACAGGGAGCUGGAGGUCUUGUCAGAGCAAUAUUCUCAGAAAUGCCUGGAAAAUACUCAUUUGACACGGACGAUAGAAAUGGAAAGGGAGGCACUGAGUUUAACCCAGAGAGAGAACCAGGAGCUUCGCACUCACAAGCAGGAAUUAAACGAGUGUUUGGCAGCUGAAUUAUCCCGGAUGCAUUCAUGCAUGAAUGGGGAGCUGAGACAGUCCCAGGCUCCUCAGGAGAAAGAAGCGUAUCAGCUCGAGGUAAAUCUCAGACUGAAGGAAUCGGAGAUUAAGUGUCUGAAGCAGGAGAUCAACUCUUUGAAACUGGAACUUCAGGCAGGAAAUACGCAUUUUAAAGAGCUAGACUUUGAGUUGGGUAUGGGAGAAGUCAAAACUCCAAGUGACUUCAGUCAAGCGAGGAUGGUACCAGGCCGACAGGAAGCUUUGAAAAACGAUCUGAUGAAAUCCAGGAGCAACCCGGACUUCCUGAAGGAGCGAUCUGCACUUACACAGUCCGUCAGGUCCAAGAGUCUUAAAGAUGGACUCAGUGUUCUGGAAACGAUGAAGCUCUUUGAAGCACCCGGCACGCAAAAGAUUUAAGUGUGUGUGAGAGAGAGAAAUGUAAAGUCUUAAGUGGGUUAAAUUAGUAAAUAAUUUGCAUAUCUUUAUUACACAGUGCUACUGUUAGUGUUGUUUCAUUUACUGCUUAAGAUGAUUUUUUGAUAUGAGGAUUUCUCUUUAAAUCUUAAUAUGUUUGUUUGUAUUUACAUGUUUAUGUUUGAUCAGUUUGGUUAAGCUCAAGAUUUGUCUUUAACGUCUUGUUUUUGUUACAGUUCAGUCCACAAAUGCAGGCUGUUGCAUUGUAUUAUCAUAAUUUAAUUAAAUAAUUUUGAAUCUUUAA